UUCUUAUACCAUAACAUUUCUGGCUUCAAAUCUCUGCUUCCUUAUUUCUUGUAUUUGACACUAAAAUAACGUCAAUGCUGUACAGGGCGAGGGUGGUUGCUAGGCAACGUUACUUAGUUGUUAUUUUGCUCGGAGGUGGAAGUUUGUGGAUGCAGUGAGACUUUGCAAAGGCAAACCAGGACACAUAAAAAUAAUUUGUAUCUACAGCAAAACAUGACAGCGGUCUUUCCACCGGGCGAGGAAACGGAGGAGUCUAAAACGAGUCCCGUGUUCAUACUGAGUAACUCGGACUCCGACCCCAGCACAGACGCCGGGGUGUCGGACACGGAGGACGAGGCAGAGUCAGACAGCGACCAGAGAGACGCCACACCCCCGGUGUUAAAUUCCCCCCAGACCGCCGCCGUUAAAGGCCCCCAUGGCGACGGGGACCCGGAGGAGCCGCACCGAACCACAGAUACACCGAAAACCCAGGGGAACCUGCACAUUCACUCAGAGCUGGAGUGUGGGUGUGAGGUGAUGGCCUGUCAGUUCAGCCAGGAUGGCUCUCUGCUGGCUGUGGGUCUGAGCGAUGGCACCAUCAAGAUAUUCCGUCCAGACAGUGGUGACCUGGUGCAGACCCUGAAGGACAGCACCAGUAUCCUGUCCUCCCUGCCCGUCACGGCUCUCAGAUUCACCCUCAGCCCCCAGGCUCACUGCCUCCUGCUGGCCACCUACGCGAGCGGCAGGGUGAGGUGCUGGUACGUGUGGGGAGGAGACUGCAUGUGGGGGCUGAGAGAGGGGGGUCUGAGCGGAGGGGGGGAGGGCAAGGCGCCCAGGCAGACCCUCUCUCUCUGCGUCUCCCCCUCAGGAGAGACGGCAGCGACCGGGGGCUCCGACUCCUCCAUCCUGCUGUACGACCUGGCCACUCACCAGAGAGUGCUGACCUGCAGGGCCAGCUCCACCAGGACUCUGAUGGACGGACACAGGUUCAGGGUGUUUGCGGUGACCUUUCACCCUGAAAGAGAGAGAGAGUUCAUCUCUGGGGGUUGGGAUAACACUAUACAGUUUUGGGACACCAGGCAGCAGAAUGCCGUAAGGAUGCUGCUGGGUCCUCACGUGUGCGGCGACGCCCUUCAGAUCGACCCCGCAGCCAAUCACAUCCUGUCUGGCUCCUGGAGGAGGGGCAGCGCCCUGGAGGUGUGGGACUACAGCUCAGGGAGGAAACUGGGGGGUGUCCCAGCUGACCCCCAGGGGGACAGCAAGAUCUACUCCUGCCAUUGGCUGGGCCAGGAUCACAUGGUGGCGGCAGGCAGCCAGCUUCACAUGCUGAGGGUCAUCAACAGACACACUAUGGUGACUGAGUCCAGGCUGCAGGGUCUGUCCUCUGCUGUGUUCAGCUCCUCGGUGUGUGUGUCUGGGCGCUGCGCGGGGCUGGUGGCAGCAUCGUCAGGGACCAGGGUGUUUCUGCUGGAGAGAGGAGCUCAGCGGCCCAGGAAGGAGCACCGCAGCCCAGCCACGGGGGACGAGGCUUGACAGGGAAGAUCCACACACGCAAAGUUUUUGGUUCAGCUGCUGUUCUCCUGCUGCUUUUUGACAAGUGAGUCAUUUUGUAAUGUGUAAAAGUGAAAAAUAAAGGAUUAGGUUUAGCCAAUAACUCACUAAGUUACAUUGAGUUUUACCAGUGCAUUAAGCCAAACUGAC